AUGGAGGCGGAGAAGAAGUUACUGCGGAUCAAAGAGGCCUUUCAGCGGCCCAGCAGCCGCACCAGAACUCUGCCGAACCUACAGCACGAAAAAGAAUUCGUUCACUACCUUAAAUAUGCUAUGAUAAUCUGAGCUGCGGAGCAAGUAAUAGAUUUUGCUGCUGAGUUUGUUACUUCAUUUCACCAAUCAGAGAAAGAAGAUGAUGAAGAAGAUGAAGAAAGUUCCCUUUUAAAUUAAUUGUUUACUUUUCUCCUGGAGUCUCAUGAAGGAAAUAGCGAAGCAGUUAGGUUUAGAGUGUGCCAUCUUAUAAAUAAACUUUUGGGAAGUAUGCCGGAAAAUGCCCAGAUUGAUGAUGAUUUGUUUGAUAAAAUUAGUGAAGCCAUGCUUACUAGAGAGAAAGAUAAAUUUCCCAAUGUGAGAAUUCAGCCAGUUCUGGCUCUUGCUAGAUUUCAGGAUCCCAAAGAUGAUGGUUGUCCUGUAGUUAAUGCAUAUAGUAUAGUACUUGAAAAUGAUCCCAAUUCAGAAGUAGUGUUAUCUCGUUUUGCUCCAUCAGCAAAGACUUUGUCAAAAAUUGUUGGGAGUACCAGACAUGUGAAAGAGGCUGUCAGGAAGUUGGCAUAUGAGGUUUUAGCUGAAAAGGUUCCUAUGAGAGCUUUGUCUAUAGCUCAGAGAGUAAUGCUUCUUCAACAAGGACUUAAUGACAGAUCAGAGGCUGUGAAAGAAGUUAUGCAGAAGAAACUUCUGCAGGCUUGGUUACAUUUUAAUGAAGGAGAUAUCUUACAAGUUCUUCAUGGACUGGAUAUAGAAAACUGCCCUGAAGUGGCAGACUCAAUCUUGAAGGCCUUGUUUGCCACAAUUCCUCUUAGUGAACUGAUGGAAGUCUAUAAAAACAGUGAUGGCAGGAAAUUGAUCCCUGUGGAAACACUAACCCCUGAAAUUGCUUUGUACUGGACAGUUCUUUGUGAAUAUCUGAAGUCUAAAGGAGAUGAAGGGGAAGCUUUCUUAGAGCAGAUUUUGCCAGAAACUCUCAUCUAUGCAGAAUAUCUGCUGAGUCAUACUCAGAACGUUCCAGUUGUUACAGAAGAAAAAAGAGGAGAUUUUGCCUUUAUAGAAAAUUAGAUGACAAAAGAGUUUAUAGGUCAACAGUUGAUUCUAAUUAUCAAGUCUUUGGAUACCAAUGAAGAGGGAAGAAGGGAAGUUGCAGAAAUUAUUUCAGAGAUCUGGGAGCCCAUAGUCACUGCUGAUGCUACUGAAGAUUCUGCUGAAGCAAGAAAAAAAGAACUCAGACUGCCUGGAGUAAAAGUAAUGCUUACUGAAGCCAAGGAAGCUUUGGAGGAAUGCAUUACUCUCCAGGAUUUUAAUCAUGCCUCCCUGUUCAAAGAGAAAAUAAAAGAACUGGAAGAUACCAAAAUGGACCCAAUAAAAGAAACAGAACAUCUUGAGAUCAAGGAGGUUCACACGGAAAAUAAUGAUCCUGAAACAUUACAGAAAUGUCUAAUUUUAUUCUAUGAACUUCUGAAACAGAUCUCUAGUUCCACAGGCAUAAGUGCAACCAUGAAUGUUAUUAUUGACUCUUUGAUUCUUCCUGGAAUAACAAGUAUUUAUCCUGAAGUGAGAAAUAUGGCUGUUUUAUGCUUAGGUUGUUGUGGUCUGCAGAACCAAGAUUUCGCCAGUGAACAUUUUGCACUGUUAUUGCAGGUUUUGAAAAUGGAUGAUGUCACAAUAAAAAUAAGUGCUCUCAAGGCAGUUUUUGACCAGCUCUUGUUGUUUGGGACUGAGCCAUUUCAAUCCAAAAAAGUCAAGGACCUUGAGAGUGGAGAAGCAAAGACAACUGAAGGUAGUGAUUCUGACCAUGAGCUAAAAAUAAAAGCUGUGGAAGAAGAGACUGCCUCCCCUAAGAACAUCCUGAAGCUUCUGGCUGGUUUUUUAGACAGUGAGAUUUCUGAGCUCCACACAGCUGCUGCUGCAAGACUCUCCAAACCGAUGUUCUCUGGAGGAUUAGUUAGUAGCAGGCUUCUUUCCCCUCUUGUCUUGUUGUGAUACAAUCCUGUGACUGAAGAGGAUGUUCCACUGCGACAUUGUCUAGAGGUGUUCUUCCCUAUAUUUGCUUAUGCUAACAAGACUAAUCAGGAGUGCUUUGAAGACACUUUUUUCCCAACUCUGAAAAUGCUACUUAAUGCGCCUGCAUCUUCUUCUUUAGCUGAAAUAGAUAUUGCUAAUGUAGCUGAACUACUUGUAGACUUGACAAGACCAAGUGGAUUGAACCCUCAAGCCAGAAAUUCCCAGGACUACCAGGUUUCAACAGUACAUGAUAAUUUAUCCAUAAAAAUUUGCAAUGAAAUCUUAAUAAGUCCAUGUGCACCAGAAAUUUGCAUUUAUGUAAAAGCCUUGAAUUCUUUAGAACUCAGUGACAGUUCUGCAAAAGAACUUAUUAUGUUAUUGGAUGAGAUUCUUGAGGAAGUAAAAGAUAGGACAUGUUUGAGAGCCUUAGAGAAAAUUAAGAUACAGUUGAGCAAAGGAAGUAAUGAACAUGGUGACCAGUUCCCAAGAGCACAGGACACUGAUAGUGCUACCAUGGCCACUAAUCAGAAUGAGGAAGUGAUUGAGACAAUGGAAAUUCUCUAUAAUUUAUCAAGGUUAUCCUAUAUGACUGGGCGCUCGGCAGCUGGAGAUGGGGCGGGGCACGCGGCUGCGUCCCAGAUGAUCGGUCACGCCUUUGGUUCCCCACCCCCCACCCCCAGCAGCUGGAGCGUCCACGCAACUGGUCCUCUCUUGGUGGCUUCUCCAGAGGCAGCAGGAGAAAGAGCAGCACCUGAAGGAGGAGGAGGAGGCGGUGGUGGCGGCGCCUCUGCUGAGAAAGCAGAAGGUGGAGGAGGACCAGGAGGAGGACAAGUGCUGACACCCAAGGAGGUGAAGAUGGAGCAGGAAGAGCAUCUUGAAAAGGUUCUGCAGGCCUGUGAGGGAGUGGAACAGCUGAAGGUGGAGAAGCAGCAGCAGCAGGCUCAGCUGGAGGAGGAGCCGGAGGUCAAGGAGGAGAGAGAGGGAAGGAACCAGGAGCAGGUACAAAAGGAAGAGAAGGAAGAAGAAGAAGAAAAGAAGGAGGAGAAGGAAGAGGAGCUUCUGCAGAAGGGGGCCGAGGCCCAAGGGACCGGAGAGCAGCAGGAGCAGCAGCCAGCCCUUGAGGGGGAGCAGGAGAGACGGCAGGGCAAGUGGGUGCGGCAAGAGAAGGAGAGAUUACUGAGUGAACCACAGGAGAAGAGGAGGAAGGAGGAUUGUCAGGACCAGGAGCAGAAGGAGCUGACAGAGGAGCAGGAGAAGGCCAAGGAUGUUGCAGCUGCUGUCGGGGACUCCAAGGGGGGCCCCAAGAUCAAUCCAGACAACCAUGGGAUGGAUCUGAAUAGUGAGAACUCCACAAAUGAUAAGCCCCGGGCCGAAAAGCGUGUUCCUGUUUUGUUCGAAGUGCCCCAGCUCAGCCCGGAGCUCAUCAGGCAGUUGUGCCAGCCUCUUCCCCCGAACCCAUACUUCGAGAGUUUCCGCAGUCGAAGGGCCCAGGACGUAUUCAACAAGAGUAAACUGGAGGAUCAAACACCUAAAACAACUCCAAAAGACUCAUGAAUGAAGCAGACUGUUGACUGUUUUGUUUUGGUUUAGUUUGUUUUUUCUUUCUCAUGUUUCCUCCCAUUCGUUCUAAUUCUUCUGUACAAUGUGACUAAUGUGAAAAUCUAUUUAAUAAGAAUGUAUCUGAGAGCCUACAUAGGAUUGCACGCCAUGUUGGGGAGGAGGUAGGGGAGGGAAGCAGAGAAAAAUUAAACCUUAUUGAAGUUGUCAACCUGAAAGUUUGGUUAAAGUAGGCAAACAAGCUAGGUGAUAUGUAAAUUCGUGAUGUUUAUUCCCUUAAAGGUAGCGAAGCUAGCUUACUUGUACCUAGAAGGAGCCAGAGCUUAAGUUCUGACUGUCUGAACAAAGGAAUGAGAAGGUUUAAAUACAUUUUUAGUCCCAACUCAGCAUGCCUGCAUUAUUCAGUUUUGUGGUCCCAUGUAUGUUUAACCACGAUACAAGAAAAGGAUUUCCCUUAAUGGAGUAGGUUGUAAAUAUAAUAAGUCAAGAUAGUUGACAAAGUGUCAAUUUUAAAUUACAACCCAGGAUCUCUGUGUUUAAUUUACGAUUAACAUGCCAAAACAUAGUAUAUGCCCAUAAUAUAUUAAGAUAAGAAAAAGUCACAUUAUUCAAGAUAGUUUCUUGAGUUAAAGGUCUCAUCCUUAAUGGCUAAUAGACAGAGGAAAGAAUGCUCUUAAGUCAGCCAGAUCUGGCCUUGUUGACAUAGGAGGAGGUAUUCUCUGAGUUUACUCAGAGAACAAAGAAGCUUAGGUUCAGACUCUUCUUCUGGUAAAUCAGUUCAGGCUCUUCCUCAGGCUCUGACCCUUAUUGAAGUUACUAACUUGAUUUUAAAUGAUUAUCAUUUCCUCCUUUUGGUCAAAGGCAAGCUGAAAGCUUCACCUUUAGACCAAGGAAGAUAUGGAAAAACCUCUCUCUUCCUCGGGAGUGAAGUUCUAAAAAUCCUUACCCAGGGGGGUUCAAGUUUAUUUUUUUUUUCUGUGGUUGGACAUCCCCAGAGAUGGGCAGUCACUGCAAAGUAAUUGUAAACAAGCAGAAGGAGCAAGUUGCAAGGGGGUCAGGGUAAGGAGCAUAAUGGGAAAAAUAGAGCAGCUAAGUAAAAUAAGCUAAAGAUACCAAAGAUAUAGGUAACCAAUCUUGGAAAUGCAAAGGACUCAGAAAAGGGAGCUGUUCAUGCAGGUCUGGUCCUGACUCUUGGUAAAGCUGUCUAUGUCUGACGUCGUCUUUUUCAGACCCCUUUGAAACUGGAGGGCCAGGUCUCCUAUGAGUUCAGAUGUCCACUCGGGAGCAGGGGCAAUCAUCAGAUGUGACAGAGGGAUCAAGGAGUCCAUAUUCACAAGUUGGCAGCUAUAGGAGUAGUUAGACCUGACAGGGGCUCCCAGAACACAUAUGAUUUGAUAAUUGAGAGAAAAAAAACAGCACAACAUAGAUCCUUGACCAAAGGCACAUAGAAAUGGUUCAGUUUCCCAGCCACGCAGGGCUAAGUUCAAACAGUGCAAUAAAUGGUUCAGUAUCUGUAGUAACAAUCUUGCUAGCAGCUGCUGUGGGGGUGUAAGAUCUACCAACAAGUCGCACCCAGAAAGCUGCCAACACAGGUUCUUUUGAUCUGCUUUACUAAGGAAAGUAGCAUUAAGGGGUUAAUAAUCUUAUUUCAAACCAACACACAAAUAUCAUUCACUUAGUUCAGGGCUAAAAGCCAGCACCCUGAACUUCAGAGAAAAUACAAACAAAUUACAAAUGUCAGUAGACAGACCUUGUCUGAUUAAAAUCACAACAUAUAGUUGCCAGAGAAGAACCAACAUCUGAGUUGUAAAGCUGGGGGUGGGGCAGUUGCAGCUUACCCAGAGUCUCAACACUUCUUACACGAGUGUGCCCCUCAAAAGUCAAAUGCCAAGCUGUCCUCAAUUAUAUCCUGUUCAGAGCCCUGAGGGCUCUGACCUCACCCAGGCUAGUUAUCUCUGUGCUGAGAUAUAACCAAGACAAAAAGACCCCACUUCAUCUGCCCCAUUCAAACACAGGCCAGAAUCAUUAAAGGCACUUAAGAGAAGAAAAGCAAAAAGUCCCACCUUAAUUUCUAUUACAGUAUCCCAGCCACACAGGGCUGAGUUUAAACAAAUACAAUAAAGUUUUUCUCACAAUUCACAAAAUUGCACAAUUACAUUGUCAGGUACAGAUCAAACCACUUAGAUGGUUCACAGUAGACUGGUACUGAGAGGGGACAUUCAUAUGUCACAUGUUUACAUUUACACAUUAGAUAACCAAGAAAACUUAAUCAUGAAUCAUACAUAGUAAUGCAAUCAUUAUCAACAAUGUUAACCAACGUUAAAUUCCUUGUAUCCCAGUUACCUAUUCCCAAUGUCUAUUUAAGCAGCGCUUUUUGAAUCCCAGAUGCCUGAUGUCGUUAUCUGGUUGGUCCCUAGAUGUCGUCCUUUCUUUGACAAAAAGGUCUUAUUCUUAGGACAGUUCUGCUUCUUCUGUUUCAUAUCUAGAAAUUCCCAGAUAAUUCUUACUUAAUAUAACUUAGUACAGUCUCUUAAAUGUGAUUCUCCAUUUUUGAAACUUCGGAGUAUUUCAGUGUAUAUUUUAUUAUCUGCUGUUUCUGUCCUUACCUGAACCUUGUACCUGGUAUAAGAAUCCUUUAAAAUGUGAAGGUCCAACCAUAAAAUGAGCUCAUCUGCCUUUUAAAAUUAUCAGACAGAUGCCUUAAUAAAGGAGAAAUAAUUUUACUUUUAUCACUGUCUUAUACAAUUUUGUGCAAAAAUCCAAAUGUAAGAUCUAUUUACCAAAAUAUAAUAAAUAUUGGAAGUCAAUC